AGUGCGAGGGGACAGAUGUGUCUCCUGUCUCAGCUCAGUUGUCUCAUGUCUGCGGCCUCGUCCUCUUCCUUGUUGACCCGUCCCGAGUCCACUCGUCCAUAGAAGACGGGGACACGAGCCGCCGGAGGACACACAAUCGUUACACAACAAUGCCCCGCAGAAAGAGAACCGCCGGAAGCAGCUCGGACGGGACCGAGGACUCGGAUUUUUCCGCCGACCUCGAACAAGUCGAAGUUCCCGAGAGCGCGCACACGCGCAGCAGCACGCGCCUGACGCGCGCGUCCCUGCGCCUCAGCCGAAGCUCACAAGAUAACGGCAGCUCAGUGAGGAGCAGUUCUCCUGCAGCAGUGGGAUCCGAUGAAGGCCUGGACUCGGCACCGGAACCGGCAACUCGCUCAGCAGUGACGGCGUCCGUCUUCUCCUCCGGGCGCAGGGUCACACGCAGCCAACAGGGAGCGACAAACAACACAGCCAAAAGAUACCCGCUGCGCCAGAGUCGGUCGUCGGGGUCCGAGACUGAGGCUAAUGCAGAUCUCAAGCCGUCCGAGGACCGGGACGAGACCCCCCCCCGCACGCCGACGGGCAACGCCCCCUCCUCGGAGUCGGACAUCGAGGUUUCCAGCCCGAGCAACGACCUUGUGUCCUCCAGCAACGAUAUAGUAGUUUCACAAGAGGAGGACGAGAGAUUGGCUAAAGAGCUGUCGCUGAAAGAGGCCGCCGCCCACGACCUCUCUCACCGGCCCAAGCGACGGCGCUUCCACGAGAGUUACAACUUCAACAUGAAGUGUCCGACGCCCGGGUGCAACUCGCUGGGUCAUCUAACAGGGAGACAUGAGAGACACUUCUCCAUCUCAGGAUGUCCUCUCUACCACAAUCUGUCUGCGGACGAGUGCAAGGGCAAGGCAUCGACCCGCGACAAACAGGCCGAGGAGAGAACACUGUCGCACCGUCAGGAUGAGAACAGACAUUCCACCAGGAACCAGGCUCCGACCGAGCGGCAGCUGCGCUACAAGGAGAAGGUGACGGAGCUGAGGAGGAAGAGGAACUCCGGCCUCAACAAGGAGCAGAAGGACAAGUACAUGGAGCACCGUCAGAGCCACGGGGGGGGCCGGGAGCCGCUGCUGGAGAACAUCACCAGCGACUACGACCUGGAGCUGUUCAGGAAAGCGCAGGCACGUGCCUCGGACGACCUUGAGAAGCUCCGUCUGUCCGGCCAGGUGUCGGAAGGCAGCAACAUGAUAAAGACCAUCGUGUUUGGUCGCUACGAGCUGGACACCUGGUACCACUCUCCCUAUCCGGAGGAGUACGCCCGCCUGGGGAGACUCUACAUGUGCGAGUUCUGCCUGAAGUAUAUGAAGAGCCAGACCAUUCUACGCAGGCACAUGGCCAAGUGUGUGUGGAAGCAUCCUCCGGGCGACGAGAUCUACAGGAAGGGAAACAUCUCCGUCUUUGAAGUGGAUGGAAAGAAGAACAAGAUUUACUGCCAGAACCUGUGUUUGCUGGCCAAACUCUUCCUGGACCACAAGACCCUGUAUUACGACGUGGAACCUUUCCUCUUCUAUGUGAUGACGGAAGCUGACAACACCGGCUGCCACCUCGUCGGAUACUUCUCCAAGGAGAAGAAUUCCUUCCUAAACUAUAACGUGUCCUGCAUCCUCACCAUGCCUCAGUACAUGAGGCAGGGCUAUGGCAAGAUGCUCAUCGACUUCAGUUACCUGCUGUCUAAGGUGGAGGAGAAGGUGGGUUCACCCGAGCGUCCUCUGUCCGACCUGGGCCUCAUCAGCUACCGCAGCUACUGGAAGGAGGUGCUGCUGCGCUACCUGAACAGUUUCCAGGGCAAGGAGAUCUCCAUCAAAGAGAUCAGUCAGGAGACGGCGGUGAACCCGGUGGAUAUCGUCAGCACAUUGCAGUCGCUCCAGAUGCUCAAAUACUGGAAGGGAAAGCAUCUGGUUUUAAAGAGACAGGACCUUAUUGAUGACUGGAAGGCCAAGGAGACCAAACGGGGAAAUGGAAAGACCAUAGAUCCCACAGCCUUAAAAUGGACUCCUCCUAAAGGGACGUAGAGACGCUUCACACUCCAAACACCUUCAACACACACCCAGUCCCAUCCUGGCAUGCUCACACAUCCUGAGAUGAACCCUCACACGCACUCUUGUACAAAAAGCUUCUCGCAGCUGCAGUCGUCAGCUUUUACUGUGCAUUCCAGCAGUCACUGUCAUGACUCGGGAAACUGACUCAGUCCAACAAUCGUUUUAAAUACGACUAGAAAAAGAAAGUGAAGCACAGCUCGUUGGAUGUUUCAAACAUUUAAAGAUCUGGUUCUGCAAAACCAAGCCUAGAAUUAAAUUCUUAUCUGCACAAAAAUAUAGUUAUAGAACCCAAACAUGAGAAUUAAUGGUCACUAAAAGUGAAACAAGCAAAUGCACUGAAAGUUAAAGUGUAACAUUAGAUUCAUGCUUUUCAUUUCUUCACAGUUUGAACACUUUCACCUUUUACAAUGACUGAUACAUUUAAAAAUGGAGUCUGGCAAAUUCUGGUAGCAGCCGUUGAAGUGCUAGCUUCACAGAGGCAAGGGGGGGGGGUCUGACGUGAAACAGGAAUGCAAACACUGCAACACAAAUACAGGUGUGGACAAUGACACGAGCAGAGACGCAACACAAUCGAUUAAAGUCACAUUAUACAAAGGAGCAUGUCAAAUAAAUAUAUUCUCUUAUUUAUAAAUUCAUUAUUUUAAGUUAUCUCUCAAAUUGUAAUUUAAUUAAACAAUUCCUACGUUUUAUUUAUGAGAUAGGAUUAUAUACGUGAUGAUGAACUGAGAUUAUGGUCCAGCGAUGUAGUUGUGUGUUCUCUGCUCCACCUCAUUUGUCAUCUGAUGAGUGAAAGUAAUUGUGCGUCGUUAGCGCACCUCCUUCCAGACACCAGACACCCCCACCCCUCCCCCGCUAAUCCGAUCUCCGACCGCCGGCGUCCGUGCUGCAGUUCGUUCUGAGACACAAACCAGCUGGAGGUGAUUAAACUGAACAAGGGUUCAAACUGCUCAAGGAACCGAGACCUCGAUUCAUCGUCCCGGGCUCCGGAGAAAACAAAGUCCCGUGAUCUUAGUUGAAUAUUAACGAUAUAGUUUUUAUUCUCAAUGUAAAACUGCAGCUGGUUUUGGUUGAAAAGUUAAUAAGAGACAAAAUAAGAACAAAUCAAAAUGUCCCCCGGAGAAAACAGUGGCUGUUUGAAUUCAGAGCAAAAGAAUUCCACUUCUCUCUCGUGCAACAAACUCACAAUGUCCCCGUAUCUAACCGAGCUUUAUAGUCUCUUACCAGGAAGCUAUAGCUGCCACUGGCCGUGUUCUGUCACCAGGGGCAGGGCGGGUGGCACCACGGGUUCGAUUCCCCUCGUACGUUCAGUCAGCGGAGAGGAAGCUCACGGCUCACUAACGCGUCGCUGUGGUUUCUGUGAAGUUCUCAAACAUAUUUGUCACUUUUUCUACCUCUAAGGUUUUACCACUGUAUGAAAGCUCCAACGGCCCAUUUCUACCUUCUUCUUUUUUUUAUCGUGUGUUAAUGUGAAAAAUAUUUAGCUGUGUUUGCCCAGCAAGGUUUUUUCUUUAAUUAGAUUUGUAAAAAAAAUAUGCUAUUUAUAUUCUUAAAACGACAUUAACUGCGUAGAACGUACAGUAACAGACCGAGUCUGGUGGAGGACGUCGACUCUGUAGCAAUGGCUUUUAUUGUGAAUAGAAAUAUUUAUUUAAAGAUUCUAUGUAGAUUUGAAUGUGUUUUAAAGAACUUACCGGAAAUUUCACCCCCUUCAAAUACGACCACAGUCAUUUUCCUUUUAGAGCCUCAUCUGUUAUCUGAGCUGAGGUUUGAUCAGUCAGAACUUCUGCACAUUGUCACAGUCUGUUAACACACACGCUGCUGCAGGAGUCAACACAACAACACAACACACCCUGUGUGCGCUGAGCCCGGGAACACUUCCUGUGGCACGUGAGAGUGGAAGCACAGCUACUCAGAAAGAAAGUGAAUCUGUGUAUUUCCCCCGAAUGUCAAACUGUUCCUUGAAGUGUCCGACAGCAGUUGGCUGUGAAAUCGAAGGUGUGUGUCCAGCGACGUCAGAUUGAAUCAGCUUCUUUCCCAUAAUGCUUUUUACCUUCUGGAUCUUUCGUGUCACAAACAUGGACGAAUCUUUUUCUUUAGCAAACUACAGACUGAUGGUUUUUUGUUCCGUUGCCUUCAAAGUGCUGAGGAUGUUUUUCUCUGUGUCUUAUUUUCUCGUUUGAAUUUGUGUUUAACCUGUUAAUAUUUUAAAACCUGUUAAUAUUUUUCUUUAAUCUUGUGAUUCAUGUUCCUGUUUUCUGAAAAUCUAAAUAUCAACAGUUUCAAACGUGAUCCUUUUAGCAGCUGUUCUCAAUAAACCCCUGAAACGUGCCACUGAGCUAAAGUUUGUUUACAGGAAAGUGCACUUCAUUUUUAAAGGGUUUCAAAGUAAAAGUCUGUCCUUAAAAACAACUUCCUGAUGAUAAUGUAACAUAUGUGUCUGUGGCAAUUUAGUUUUAGAGUUAACGUUGAGUUUUGCUUUCGGUGCCUCUAAGUUCAUCGUUCAGAGAGAGAAAAUGUUCUCACAGAAAAUGGACCUGAAAAGGUUCCGGUUAAAACACGUGUCGGUUUCUAAACGUGUCCUUUAAGGAAACCGUCUUUCUUGAUGUCUAUUUUUGUUUCUCUGGUCUGUUUCUCAUCCUGUUGUCUCGUUGUCGUCCUCUGUGCCAGUGGCUGCUAUAGACACGCUCAGAGCAUUUCACUGAUUAUUCAUUCUCUGGCUCCCAGUUACUAACUCGAGUUCCUCCAUCACCUUCCGUAGGCCGGCGCCCUGUCGUAGAUCCGCUUCCUGUUCAAAUGAUGCACACAAAGCAGCGACACACAAAUGUAGCGUGGCAUCGAUGUGUAGCUCAGUUGUGGUUUUUGUAUUUGCUUCUACCCGUCGACUUCCUCUUCAAUAAACACAAAUGGUGAUCUUC